AUGGGAUUUCCGUCGGAUGACCUUUCGCAAGUAAAGGCACAGUCGUCAGAAUGCCAUGCAGGGAAAGAGAAUAUGUCCUUAAAAAUGGAGGAAUCGCGUAACAGCAGGAGGCGAACAUACCAUAAAAAGCUGUCUUCCACAAUACGACGUUAUGGCCAUCUUGGAAAUAAUACAGUAGGUCGGUCGUGCUGUACUGCCGUUGACUCAGGCUCGGACUCAGGUUCAGCAGGUCCAGGAUAUUUGAGAAACGGUGGUAUAUACUGUGGGUCAAGCAACCUAUCUGUUGUGAUCCUGCCAAAAAGAAAAGAAAGAAAAAGUGGGAAGAAAGGAUCGUUUGUCGCCAACAAGUGCCAGUGAAAGACAAGAAUCAGGAUAACAGUGCGUC